CUGUUCCACCCACUGCGGCCCUCGCUGGAGCCUUUUGACCUCACAUGCUCACAGGAUUGGAGUGAGGCUCACCACCAUGUCCAUGCUGGUGGUCUUCCUGUUGCUCUGGGGUCUCUCCCUGAGCCCAGAGGCAGAAGCGGCCACCUUUUUGGAGACCCGGCCAGACCUGUGGGCAGAGGCCGAAUCGCUGCUGGAACCCUGGGCUAACAUGACAUUGACGUGCCGGGCCCCCCUGUUCACCUCGGAUUUCAAGCUGUUCAAGGAUGGGGUGCUCCGGGAUCGUGUGCACCUUGAUGUACCCACCAAGGAACACCGGUUCCUGCUAGGAGCAAUAACGGCUGACACCCGUGGCCUCUACGGUUGCCGCUAUGAUAUAGGCGAUAGUUGGACCCAGCUGAGCAACCUGCUGGAGGUGACUGGGGCAGAGACGCUGCCUCCCCCCCUGCUCUCAAGUAAGCCUGUGUCCUGGAUCACGCGGGGCCUGGACACGACCCUGUUGUGCCGAGGGGGACUUCGGGGUGUGACCUUCCUGCUGAGGCGCAAAGGCGAUGACCAGUUUCUGGAGGUGGCUGAGGCCCCUCAGGACGUGGCGGCAACCUUCCCAGUCCAACAGGCUGGCAACUACAGUUGCAGCUACCGGACCCACGCAGCAGGCACCCCUUCUGAACCCAGUGCCACUGUGACUGUCGAGGAGCUGGCUGCACCACCACCGCCCAAGCUGAGUUUCCAGGGAGCAUCUGCUGAGGUCCUGCUCCGUGGUGGAAAAACUUCACUAGUCUGCAUGGGGCCCCUGGAGAGCGGCAUGGAAUUCCAGCUGCGGCGUGGAGACAAGGUGCUGCUUGUAGAUACUUGGAGCACCAGCCCGGACCGAGUUGUCUUUAAGCUGAACUCAGUGGUCCAGGGGGAUGGUGGCCUCUACACCUGCCGCUACCACCUGCACGGGAAGGACAUGCCCUGGUCCCAGGACAGUGCACCCGUGGAACUGCUGGUGAGCGACGAGACGCUGCCUGCGCCCAAGCUUUCGGCAGAGCCCGCGACUCUGCGCCCAGAACCUGGCACGCUGGUGCAGCUGCGGUGCCGCGCACCCCGGGCCGGCCUGCGUUUUGCCCUGGUGCGCGAGGACAACAAUAGGCGCCAGGUGCUUGGUCUCCAGAGCCCCGCAGGCGAUGAGGCCAUAUUCGAACUGCGCGACGUCUCACUGCUGGACAGGGCCAAUUAUAGCUGCAUCUACACAGACAUUGCACCACCCUUCGCAGGCUCGGCUCCCAGUGAGCAUCUGGAGCUGCGCGUGGACGGACCCCUCCCCAGGCCUCAGCUCCAGCCCCUGUGGAGCGGAUCAGUGAGCCCAGGGCAUGAUGCCACCCUGCACUGCAAGGCCCCCCUGAGCCGUGUGUCCCACAUCACCUUUGAGCUGCUGCAAGGCAAAGAGGUGGUUACGAGAAGUUCCUCCUCAGAGGAUCUUGUGCUGACCUAUGUUGGGCCCCAACAUGCUGGCAACUACACGUGCCGCUACUCCAGCUGGUCCUUUGUGUCUGACCUCAGUGAUCCAGUGGAGCUCCGGGUGGCAGGACACUGAUCCAACUGCAAACCCAGGCUGCUGAGGGUAUCCUGGUUCAGCAUGGCACAGAUCCUUCCUGCUGCAGCUGGAGACUGGACUCCCCUGGGGAGAGGGUGGGGGGAACAAGAGGGCUCUCUGUAAUUUUUCCUAGGAAUUAAUAAAUGUGACCGCAAACUUU